AUGAGACGAGUGAGUGGCAAUGAAAUUGAAGAUGAGGUGCUUCCCAAUGAUCUGAGUGCGGCACAGUUGACUGAUGAGAGUUAUGAAGGAAGUGCCGGCGUUGUUCUGAAGAAAGGGCCGUGGACAUCAACUGAAGAUGAUAUUUUGGUGGAUUAUGUCAACAAGCAUGGGGAGGGGAACUGGAAUGCUGUUCAGAAGCACACAGGGCUAUUACGUUGCGGAAAAAGUUGUCGGCUGCGAUGGGCUAAUCACCUAAGGCCGAAUUUAAAGAAAGGGGCGUUUACUGCAGAAGAGGAGCGGUUCAUUGCUGAACUUCAUGCCAAAAUGGGAAACAAAUGGGCACGCAUGGCAGCACAUUUGCCUGGUCGUACCGAUAAUGAGAUAAAGAAUUACUGGAACACCCGGAUCAAGAGGCGUCAAAGGGCUGGGUUGCCACUUUAUCCCCCAGAAGUGUGUUUGCAAGGUUUUCAAGAGAGUCAGCGUAGCCAAAACAAUGGUGGACUUAAUGGUGGCAAUAAAAUGCAUCCUGAUUUAUUGCAGAAAAAUAGUUAUGAGACACGUGUUGCUAUAUUUGACAGCCUGAAGGAUAAUCAGGGAAUAUUACCUUAUGUGCCCGAGUUUUCUGACGUUUCUGUUUAUGACAAUAUGCUAAAAGGUCUUGAUUCUUCUCAAUAUUGUAGUUUUAGGCCACCAACAUCACCUAAGCAUAAGCGUCUUAGAGAGUCAACAAUACCAUUUAUUGAUUCCAGUGAUACGAAAAAAACUGGUUUAUAUCCAUUUGGUCAAUUUCGGGACAAUAAUUCUGAUAAGAUUGCACAAUCAUUUGCAAUGCAAGCACCCCUUGAUCCUGCUCCCUCAUCACACAGCUCAAUGUGUUACAGCCAUUCACUGUCAAAUGGCAAUUCCUCUACUUCUAAGCCCACUUAUGAGGCUGUGAAGUUGGAGCUCCCUUCACUCCAAUAUCCAGAACUUGAUUUAGGUAGCUGGGGUACAUCUCCCCCACCUUCUUUGCUCGAGUCAGUUGAUGACUUCUUUCAGUCUCCUACACCAAUUAGUACACUAGAGUCAGAUUGUUCUUCACCGCAAAAUAGUGGCCUGCUGGAUGCCUUACUUUAUCAGGCAAAGACUCUGAGCAGUUCAAAGAACCAUUGUUCUGACAAAAGUUCAAAUUCUUCUACAGCAACCCCUGGUGACAGAGCCGACAGCUCUGCUUUAAAUGUGUACGAGACAGAAUGGGAAGAUUAUGUUGACCCUGUAUCUCCCUUUGGUGCGACUUCAAUAUUGAAUGAGUGCCCUGCUCUUAGAGCCAACGAGAAUUCGUUGGAUGAACAGCUACCCGUUCUGACAUUUACUGGCAAUAUUCCAAAAUUAGAGUUUGUUGAUCAGGUUUGGACUCCUGAGAGUGAAAAUCAAACCUUGUCCCUGUUGAAUAUUGCUGGUUCAGACUUCUUGCUUGCUUCAGAUUGGCCUGACCUAGGUUCUGGGCAUGGCAAGAACCAAGCCAUCACAGCUGAUACUGCAAUGACCCUUCUUGGAGACGAUUUUUCCACUGACCAGAAGCAUAUGACUGCUGGCACUUCUCAGUCAAGUCAGAUGUGGGGUUUUGGUUCUUGUGCAACGGCAGCUAACAAUGUGCAUGGUCUCUGUCAGCUGUCCGAUCUUGGUUAA